ACCUUCCGGAACACCCAACUUAUGUCAACUCGCGCACAACAGCAGGAGAAGAGCAGAUUGUCGUUGAAUUUAUCCUGCUUCGAAGUCGGCCCGUUGAGUGUCGUGCCUUUGAUAGAAAGGACAACGGUUGAGUUGUCCGACGAGAUGAAUACAUGGCCCCGGAACCCAUUCUCUGGAUCCUCCCAACCGAAGGGAAAGCUCUUGUUCCAGGCCUCAUCGACGGUGUACCAGUUACUCUUCCCUGGCGUUGCGUAGGCAUUGGCGCUCAUACGCGCGAGCUGAGCCAGCGUGCCUCUAUCCUCUACGUCGGGACCCGAUACCUCUAUUCUAUCCCAUUCGAUGGGUUCUGUCUGCUCUAGGUGGAUCGAUCGCCAUCUCGAGCGGUGGAAGUGAUCCAUGGACCGAGGGCGAUGGACGGCUGUGGGUCGCGCCUUCAGCGAGCCCAAUGGCGUCGGAGCCCGGGAGUUCAAUGCAAAGAUAGGUGGGCAUGAGAACAGCACGAGGUGAAGGAUGAGGAGGACUCCAUUCAUUUGCGUAGCUUCGACGAGAGUGCGGGACAACUUAGAGCAAUUAGCACCGUGACUGGCCGUCCCUUAUCAGGACUAAUUUCCGGGCCGGAUGUUCCGAAAGCAAUCUCUCACCGUGCCAUGAAGUACGUUUGGCUCGACGUAGAUCCUGGCCACGAUGAUGCCACCGCGAUCCUCCUAGCCCUCCACGCGCCCAAUAUCACGCCCUUGGGGAUCUCGACGGUAUAGCAGGAUUGCCAUCAUCAAGCCGUCGACGCGGAAGUAACCUCAGUCAGACCCAUGGAAAUGCGAGCAGCGACUGGACGAUGCUCAACGCAGCGAGAUGUCUACACGCGUUCGGUGCGGCCGCGGUGUAUCCGGAUAUGCGCGUCUACCCCGGGGCGACCAAGCCUCUCCUGCGCCCCGCGAAGCACGACCCAGAAAUCCACGGUGUCGACGGUCUCGGGGGUGUCGUGGGUCUGCCAGAUCCAGCCAGUGCUGAGGUCCAGCAGUGGAUUGCACGGGAUGCCGAGGGGGCGGUGGUGAGAGCCCUCGAGGGGAUGUCACACCAUGUGAAACGGACGUGGAAUAAUGGGAUGGGGUCCAAGGUCACUAUCAUCUCCAGCGGUCCGAUGACCAACAUCGCGUUGUUCGCGUCGGUGUAUCCAGAUCUGUUGAUCGCUGUGGAAGAGUUCGUGUUCAUGGGGGGUGGAGUUGGCUUGGGCAAUCGGUCGGCUGUUGCUGAGUACAAUAUAUUAUGCGACCCUCAUGCAGCUCAAAUCGUUCUGGAUACUCCUGUGAGGAAGGCCAUGAUUCCCAUCAACGUAACACACACCGCCAUCGUCACACAUAGCGUUCAUACGCGUCUUCUGUCGCCGUCGUCGCCGGACCCUCGUGACUUGAGUGUGCCUCUCCCCGCACCGACAACGAGCCUGCGGCACACGCUGUCAACACUGAUUGGAUUCUUCGCCGAGUCGUACAAGAGCACAUUCGGUUUUAACGACGGUCCUCCUCUGCAUGACGCACUGACAAUCGCCUAUGUCUCGCAGCCAGAACUUUUCACUGGCACGCGGUAUCGAGUCGAUGUCGAACUGGCCGCAACAUUCACAUCCGGUGAAACUGUUGUGGAUGUCUGGAAUUACCAAGGUUUUGGAGAGGACACAUGGGGAGUCGGGGGAAAGAACUGUCUUGUCACCCAGUCUCUCAAUGUCUCUGCCUUCUUUGAACUGUUCCAUCAAUGUCUGUUGACCUGUGACCAAGUUUCGCCACUCAACCAUUGAGAAUCUGUAAUCAUCAUCUCCUUCCAUUUGUCUAUGUAAAUUUCUUUGCUGUUAGACCGCCAGUGCUCAUCCCAAGAUCGCCACAGCAACAAAGAUCGAAAACACGCCGACCACUGUUGCAGUCCAUAUCAUGGUACUCGUCCUUGAUGGUGGAGGAGUCAGCUCCCCAAUGCAUAUUACGGAACACCGCACCAAAUUCACUCCCUCUCGAACCGGAUCUCUGCAUAGUCCGGAUAUAAAUUCAGCGAUCGAUCUCAGUAACCUGCUGUGCUCGUCUUGCGAUUGUGAUUUACCCAGUGUAUAUGGGUCAAUACCAGAGAGACAACUGAGGAUUAAAAGUCCAUUGAUUGCUAUUACAGGUGCUUAGUUAUACAGUCCAGAC